AUGGCGGGGUGGAUCGGAUGGGUGUUCACCUUCAUCUUUCAGGUGAUUCCCAGCGUCCUAUACUGGAUCAUUACCUUUUCCACCAUCACUCUGCCCACAUGGCUCUUCACGCUCUUCUCCAUGAGCCUGACAUUCACCAUGAACUUCACCACCCUCAUGUUGAUCGUCCUCGUUCUGGUUUCGACCGUCAGCUGGUUCAUUCGGUACCGAUUCUUGAACAUGUACAGCCGCCUUCCCCCGGAGCCCCAGCGCAAGGAAGCCCAGAUCGACCUGUUCCCCGAUAUCCAGGAAGGUGACUCGAAACCGGGCCUCGCCAAUUACCUCGAUGAGUUUCUGAGUGCCAUCAAGGUUUUUGGCUACCUGGAGCGCCCGGUCUUCCACGAGUUGACCCGGACCAUGCAAACGAGAAAGCUCAUUGCGGGAGAAACGCUGAUGCUGGAGGAAGAGAAAGGCUUUUGUUUGGUUGUAGAUGGCCUGGUUCAGAUCUUCGUCAAGUCGAUGCGCGAGACCAAGCCUGGCGCAGAAGAGCCUCUGUACAUGGACGAUGCAUCAUCGGAUGAAGAGGAUCGCCAUGCCCAUGGCCAGCAAGGCUACCAACUGCUGACGGAGGUCAAGAACGGCGCCUCGAUGUCAUCCUUGUUUUCCAUCCUAUCACUUUUCACCGAAGACAUUCAAUUACGUACUUCUCGCGGCAGCUCCAGUGCAUCCAGUGUGGCCCAUGCGCCUACUCGUAUGCCUGAUUCCUACCCUGUCAGUCCGGAUCCUGGAAUAGUGGAGAGUCCGCCAGCCCUGGCAAAAGAUCACAGUGAAACCAAUGCACACGACAGCAGCAACGGUGACACCCUACCAGCGGUGCCUCCGUUGCAUCUGGGGGAGAGUCAUGCCAUGCCUCCCCAUCCUCCUCAAUUGGAAGAUCAUCAAAAACCCCAAAAGAGGCGUCGGAAGUCCGUUCAUCCAGACAUUGUGGCGCGAGCGAUGGUUGAUACUACCAUUGCCAUCAUCCCCGCCAGCGCAUUCCGCCGGCUGACUCGCGUCUACCCAAGAGCUACUUCACAUAUUGUGCAAGUCAUUCUCACACGUCUUCAACGAGUGACCUUUGCAACGGCUCAUUCGUACCUGGGACUGACAACAGAGGUGCUUGGGAUUGACAGGCAGAUAUCAAGAUUUACGACCUGGGACCUGCCCAACGAUCUACGCGGGGACGCGCUAGAUCGUCUUAAAGAUAAGUUUAUGAGGGAAAGAGACCGACUGCGACCCGAGGAAGUUGGCAAAGGCAUUGCACUUCAUAAUCCCUCCGUUGGACGCAGACGCCGGUCUAGCAGCUCCCUCAGAAAGGAAGCGGUAUUGCAAGCACGGGUGGCCAACGAGCAACGCGCCGCUGCCCCUGCGCCUCUGAGAAGACAACCGACUUUUCUCGAGCGGGACUCAACAGGAGUCAGCCCCGGCGAUCUAUUGUCCACGAUCCAACUCUCCCGGUUUGGACCACGAUACGAACAAUGGCCGCCGCGGAUGCAGAGCCCGCUGGUUGAGAGAGAACGCACUUUUUUUCGAUCGUCUGCCGCUAUGGAAGGUUUCCCAUCGCCCUUCCAGCGGAAGGAGUCACUCGAUGAAGACACUAUCUUCCGGGAGUCGAUUCUCGACUGCAUCAUGAAGGGAAUUGGAUUAACAGAAAGCACCAAUGAUUCUUUACGCAAAACCAGCCAAAACUCUGGUGAGGCGUCACCAAAGCUUCUCUCCUAUGAUUCACGGCGUCAGAAAGCCGUCUUUUCCAAUGCGUUCGGGUUCAUGGACCCCUAUGAAGGCUCCGGUGAUGGCGAAAGUGAAUCUAUGAUGUCUAUGUCCGUAACAAGUGCCGGAGGAACAUCACCAGUUGUCAACCUUCGGGAGGAACUGUCCCAUGACAUUGAGAUCGUCUAUUUCCCUCAGGGCUCGGUGCUUGUCGAGCAAGGCGAGCGGCACCCAGGCCUUUACUACGUGAUUGAUGGGUUUCUCGAUGUGGGUAUCCCGGAUAAUGAGCGCGGUGAUGAUCUCGUUGGAUCUUCCCGAGGGUCGGUUUCAUUAGCCCAGGAAGACCUCUUCCCCAAGUUAAAACGAACCGCCACGGGGUCAUCACAGACUGGAGGUGAUGGGCGCCGAAAAUCCCAAUCUCGCAAGUCGCUCUAUCUGAUCAAACCCGGGGGUAUACAAGGGUAUAUCGGUGCUCUCGCAUCUUAUCGGUCAUACACAGAUGUUGUUGCCAAGACGGACGUGUACGUUGGUUUCCUUCCUCGAGCUUCUCUCGAACGGAUCGCCGAACGGUAUCCCAUUGCCUUGUUGACAUUGGCGAAACGGCUCACGAACCUCCUCCCGCGUCUGCUACUGCACAUCGAUUUUGCUCUUGAGUGGGGUCAGGUCAGCGCAGGACAAGUGAUCUACCACCAAGGGGAUGAGAGCGAUGCAAUCUAUUUGGUCUUGAAUGGACGACUCCGAUCCAUUCUGGAAGGACCAAACGGGAAGAUGACGGUCAUCAACGAAUACGGCCAGGGGGAGAGUGUCGGCGAGCUGGAAGUCAUGACGGAGUCCACUCGACCAGCUACGCUGCAUGCCAUCCGGGAUACCGAGUUGGCCAAAUUUCCUCGGUCCUUGUUUAACAGCUUAGCCCAGGAACAUCCAGGAAUCACCAUUCGAGUCUCCAAACUUAUCGCUCAACGAAUGCGUGAUUUAGUGGAGCAUCCCUUGUCGGAGAAGGCCAUAGAACAAAGCCACGCUGCUAGUGUCCAAACUGCCACAUCCACCGUCAACCUUCGCACGGUGGCGAUUCUUCCCGUCACCGCAGGCGUUCCUGUGGUGGAAUUUGGACAUCGACUUCUCCAUGCGCUGCAUCAGAUCGGUGUGGCCCGCGGGGUUACAUCGCUCAACCAGGCCGCCAUUCUAAACCAUCUGGGUCGCCAUGCCUUCAGCAAGAUGGGGAAGCUCAAAUUAUCCCAGUAUUUGGCUGACCUGGAAGAGAAGUAUGGCAUGGUGCUGUACAUUGCGGACACAAAUGUGAAUGCACCUUGGACCCAGACCUGCAUUUCACAGGCGGACUCUAUCCUCCUAGUAGGCCUCGCGGAGUCCUCGCCCAGCAUUGGCGAAUACGAGCGGUUCCUACUAGGCAUGAAGACUACCGCCCGCAAGGAACUUGUCCUUUUGCACGCCGAACGAUACUGCUCGCCCGGAUUGACCCGCCGGUGGCUCAAGAACCGGUUAUGGAUCAACGGUGGACACCACCAUAUCCAGAUGUCGUUUCGCCUGACUACUGAACCUGCCAAUCCACAAGUUAAGAAGUUUGGCACUGUCCUCAAGCAGCGCGUGCAGGUCCUACAAGCGGAAAUUCAAAAAUACACCUCACGACGUAUUCGACAGACUCCUCUAUACUCCGCACAAACGCCUUUCAAAGGUGAUUUCCAUCGUCUAGCCCGGCGCCUUUGCGGUAAAUCUGUCGGUCUGGUGCUCGGUGGUGGAGGCGCCCGAGGGAUUUCUCAAGUUGGCGUGAUCAAAGCACUGGAGGAGGCUGGGAUUCCCAUUGAUAUCAUCGGUGGCACGUCGAUUGGGUCCUUUAUCGGUGCUCUCUAUGCCCGCGACGCAGAUGUUGUCCCCAUGUACGGCAGAGCAAAGAAGUUCUCCGGCCGCAUGGGAAGUAUGUGGAGGUUUGCGUUGGAUUUGACCUACCCCACAGUUUCGUACACGACGGGCCACGAGUUCAAUCGAGGAAUCUUCAAGACGUUCGGGGACAGCCAGAUCGAGGACUUUUGGCUUGAGUUCUACUGCAAUACGACGAACAUCAGCCGAUCCCGCGCGGAGUAUCACUCGUCAGGAUACGUCUGGCGCUAUGUUCGGGCGUCCAUGUCUCUUGCCGGCCUGACCCCACCAAUCUGUGACGAAGGAAGUAUGCUCCUGGACGGUGGCUAUAUCGACAACCUCACCGUGGCACACAUGAAGGGUCUUGGAGCAGAUGUAAUCUUCGCUGUCGAUGUUGGCUCUAUUGACGAUACCACGCCGCAAGGAUAUGGAGACUCGCUAUCUGGGUUCUGGUCGAUAAUCAACCGGUGGAACCCGUUCUCCUCUUGCCCGAAUCCGCCGACACUCUCCGAAAUCCAGGCCCGACUGGCAUAUGUCUCGUCUAUUGACAAUCUCGAGCGGGCCAAAAACACCACGGGAUGUCUGUACAUGCGUCCUCCAAUCGACCCGUACGGAACCCUGGACUUCGGCAAAUUUGACGAGAUCUACCAAGUGGGCUAUACUUAUGGCAAGGAGUUCUUGGACCGGCUCAAAAACGAAGGUUCUCUCCCUAUUCCCGAGGAGACGGAGGAAAAGCGUAAGUUACAACGAACUAUGGCCCCUCGGCGAGCCAGUAUCUAA